UUACCUAACACUACUUCCCUACUGAAAAUCAGAGGCCUAAACAAAAUUAUACUCCAUAAAUGCAUAAGACUUGAGAGAAGAAAGUCGUUAUGAUUGAUUAGUUAAUCAAAUGAGUAAUAUUUUUUUAUAUUUCUACUUGUAAUUGGUAGAGAGAGAGAGAGAGAUGGGUAAGAGGUAUAGGGAGGUGGGAGUGGAGGAUUUGGUGGGAAGUGGGAUUCCAGUUGAAGAAGCGAAAGAUUUGGAAAGAGAGCUUCAAAAUGUAAGCAGAAAUGGCGGUGGAGCAGAAGAGUUGUGGGGCCGGAUUACGGCGCCCAAGCUGUUGAAGCCAUGGCACCCGCAUGCCCUGCAUCAGCUCAUCUACUACUCUAUCUACCGCGAUCGCCAUCACGAUCACUCCAUCCACGCCCCUCCCCUCUAUUGGUUUCCUUCUCUAUCUCAGGCAAAAUGUACCAACUUGGGGCGUCUUAUGGAAUCUCAUGGUCCACGGGCAUUAGGGAAAUUAUACAAGGACCCGAUCACGAGUUUCAGAAGUUUCCAUCAGUUCUCGGUGCAACAUCCUGAGAUAUAUUGGCAAUUUGUACUCGAUGAGCUGUCUGUUCAAUUUACUGUGCCACCAAAAUGUAUUCUUGAUUUGUCCGACAAAGCUAAGCAUGGCGGGACGUGGCUGCCUGGUGCAGUGCUCAAUAUAGCUGACUGCUGUCUGCAACCAAGCAGUUAUCACAAGAAGCAUGAUGACAGCUUAGCAAUUGUGUGGAGGCAAGAAGGCUGUGAUGAUCAUGAUGUCGAAAGAAUGACACUAAAGGAGCUCCGCGAACAAGUGAUGUUGGUAGCAAAUGCACUGGACUUAGAAUUCUGCAAGGGAGAUGCUAUUGCCAUUGACAUGCCCAUGACCAACAUUGCAGUCAUUAUAUAUCUAGCAGUUAUACUUGCUGGACUAGUCGUCGUAUCAAUUGCCGACAGCUUUGCACCUAAGGAAAUUGCAACACGCUUACGUGUGUCAAAGGCAAAGGCAGUUUUCACUCAGGAUUUCAUCUUACGAGGAGGACGGAGGUUUCCUUUAUACAGUCGUGUAGUAGAGGCCGGCCCAGAAAGAGUGAUCGUCAUCCCUGCUUCUGGACAAGAUAUAGGCGUUCAAUUGAGAAACCAAGACUCGUCGUGGGAAACUUUUCUUUCAAGUGCAUACGCCCUACCAAGAUGGAACUAUUAUAAACCGGUUUACCAAUCCAUCGAUGCUGUAACCAAUAUCCUAUUUUCAUCAGGCACCACAGGGGAGCCGAAAGCCAUACCAUGGACUCAUCUUUCUCCAAUUCGUUGCGCUGCUGAUUCAUGGACACAUCUCGACCUUCAAAGUGGAGAUAUUGUUUGUUGGCCAACAAAUCUAGGAUGGGUUAUGGGUCCUAUUUUACUCUUUUCAUGCUUUCUAUCUGGUGCAGCUCUAGCUCUCUAUCAUGGUUCUCCUUUGGGCCGUGGUUUCGGAAAAUUUGUCCAGGAUGCUGGAGUAACUAUUUUAGGAACUGUUCCCAGCUUAGUAAAGACAUGGAAGAAUACACAUUGUAUGGAAGGUCUAGAUUGGACAAAGAUGAAGUCAUUUAGUUCCACCGGAGAAACCUCCAGCGUUGAUGAUGACCUGUGGCUCUCCUCGAGGGCGUUUUACAAGCCCAUUAUCGAAUGUUGUGGAGGCACGGAGCUUGCGUCGUGCUAUAUCUACGGAAACCUCGUGCAACCCCAGGCCUUUGGAGCGUUUAGCUCGGCUGCAAUGGGUGGUGGAUUUGUCAUAUUGGAUGAAAAUGGAAUCCCCUUUCCCGACGAUGAACCUUGUGUGGGCGAAGUGGGCAUAUUUCCUCUUCACAUGGGUGCUACUGAUAGACUGCUGAAUGCUGAUCAUGAAGAGGUCUACUUCAAGGGUAUGCCUAUGUACAAAGGAAGGCAACUUAGGAGACAUGGUGACGUCUUGAAGAGAAGCGUUGGCGGAUACUACAUGGUGCAGGGAAGAGCGGACGACACCAUGAACCUCGGAGGCAUUAAGACGAGUUCAGUUGAGAUCGAGCGCAUCUGCAACAACGCUGACGAAGGCGUGGUGGAAACGGCUGCGGUGAGCGUUGCGCCACCAAAUGGGGGGCCCGAGCAGUUGUCCAUUUUUGUGGUGCUCAAGAAUGGUUUCGACAUCGAACCAGACGAGCUGAGGUUGAAAUUCUCGAAGGCUAUUCAGACCAAUCUCAACCCUUUGUUUAAGGUGAGCUUCGUGAAGAUCAUGCCGGAAUUUCCUCGUACGGCGUCGAAUAAACUGCUGCGGCGAGUGUUGAGGGACCAACUAAAGAAGGAGCUUCUGCUGCAGAGUAGAAUUUAAUCUCUCUCUCUCUCUCUGUAGUGUGUACUAGUAUUUCUUAAGAUGUUGAAUGGAAUAAAUAAUUGGUAACUCCUAUUGCGAGUAAUAUAGCUUCAGUUUAUCAAUACAUACCAUUAUUUUUAGAGAAAAA